GUUACCUGUAUAUACCCUACCCACAAUGCAAACGUUUCCCUAUAAUAAUCUUGUUCACCCAUUGUCUAACGGAUAGUGUCCUUGGUAACUUUGCUGCCUGUAGUUUCCCUGGCUGGCCGACGUGUCGUAAAAAGGGUUAGCGUUUCUCUUCUGCACCACAGCACCUCCAACCAUGUCCAAGAAAACAGGCAAACCACUCCAGAACGCCUCCAGCACCCAGCGAUGUCCGCUGGCCAAAGGCCUGGUGAGCAUCGCUGCCCUGGUGAACUCAGCCGAGGAGACCCCUCAGCCAGUCUCCACCCACAUCAAGGGGACCAUCCCCUCCUGGAUCAACGGCAGCUUCCUGAGGAACGGGCCCGGGAAGUUUGAGUUUGGGAAAGACAAGUACAGCCACUGGUUCGACGGCAUGGCCAUGAUGCACCGCUUCUACGUGAAGGACGGAGACGUGACCUACAACAGCAGCUUCCUGCGGAGCGACUCCUACACCAAGAACUCGGAGAAGGACCGCAUCGUGGUGUCAGAGUUCGGCACCAUCGCCAUGCCCGACCCCUGCAAGAACAUCUUCGCCCGCUUCUUUUCCCGCUUCAAACUUCCCCAGGCCACGGACAACGCCAGCGUGAACUUCGUCAAGUACAAGGGGGACUACUUCGUCAGCACGGAGACCAACUACAUGAGGAGGGUGGACCCCGAUAGUCUGGAGACCAAGGAGAAGGUGGACUGGACGCAGUACGUGGCUGUCAACUCCGCCACGGCCCACCCCCACUAUGGCCGAGACGGGGCAACCUACAACAUGGGCAACUCCUAUGGAAAGAGUGGCUUCUUCUACAACAUUGUGCGCGUCCCGCCCCAGGAGACGGAGCGGGACGGGGCCAAGGAGGACGUGGCCGACCUGUACGGGGCAAAGGUCAUCUGCUCCAUCCCCGCCUCCGAGCCCCGGAGGCCGUCUUAUUUCCACAGCUUUGUCAUGUCUGAGAACUACAUCGUGUUCAUCGAGCAGCCAAUCAAGCUGGACAUGCUGAAGGCCAUGCUCUACCAGGUCCAGGGCAAGAGCUUCAACAAGAUCAUGACCUGGGAUCCCAAGUGCGACACCAUCUUCCACCUGGUCAACCGGCACACUGGCGAGCGUAGCGCGGUCAGGUACCACGGGGAGCCCAUGUUCACGCUGCACCAGAUCAACGCCUACGAGGAAGGCGGCUGCCUGGUGAUGGACAUGUGCUGCGGGGACGACGGCGCCGUCAUCGGGGACUUCACCCUGGAGAACCUGCGCCGUGGCGGGGAGGAGCUGGACAAGUUCUACAACUCCAUGUGCAGAAACCUCCCGAGGCGCUAUGUCAUUCCCCUCACUGUGGACGAAGACACCCCCAUGGACCAGAACCUCGUCAACCUGUCCUUGUGCACGGCCACAGCCAAGAAGACAGGACCCGGAGAGGUUUACCUAACCUACGAGGAGCUCUUUAACGAUGAGCUCCUGCAGUACGGGGGGCUGGAGUUCCCGCAGAUAAAUUACGCAGAGAACAACGGGCGGCCGUACCGCUACGUCUACGCCUGCGGCUUCGGCCACGUCUUCAGCGACUCACUGCUCAAGAUGGACGUCCGCACCAAGGAGCUGAAGGUCAGCCCGUUGCUCGCACCGGCGCCGUCACCGUCGCCUAACCUGGCUCGCUCGUUAUUUCAUCGACGUUUCACCGUUUAUGCGCUUCAGUUAUUU